ACUCAGUAGUCUGUUAUUCAUGACCAGGACUCUUAAUGGAAUGUGUACACAAAUGUAACAUCUAAAAAGGGAUAUUUUUUGUCUUCCUGUCAGGACAAAUUUAAGAUCUAAUCGGGAAGAUGAGAAGAAUGAGUGUCUUCCCUCAGAAUGGCACUACUCUGAGAAACCUGGGACUUACUGCGAAUGAAAUCCAACAGGAAGUAGAGAACAAUACAUCUGAAUUGGUAUCGGAUCUUGUUGACUUGUCAGCCAGAGCCAGAAUUCAAGCCAUACGGUCCUUGCCUAUGUCAUAUAAUGAAAGGAGAAGGAUCAGGAGCAGAGUGGUCUCUGUCAAACUCUCAAAGAACAUUCUCCCUGUGGACUGUAGUCAGCAGGUCUUGCGGUCCUUCCGCAGAUUUGGUGCUAUCCUGGCAUCAGCUAGGCAACAUUUGGUUGUAUGGCAAGGCACUCUAAAGGAGAUAGGGGGCAGGUUUGGCACAUCCGUCCUCUCAUACUUCCUGUUUCUUAAAUGGCUGCUGAAGUUCAACCUCUUCUCCUUGAUCAUCAACUUCUGCCUCAUCACAAUCCCCCAAAUUGUGCAUGCACCCAAUAUAACUAGUGUCACCGGGUUCAGAGGUCUUGAGCUCCUCACUGGAGUUGGUUCUUUCAACCAGACAGUGUUGUUCUAUGGUGGCUAUAAUGGUGAGGUGAUUGUAUCCAGUCCAGCCUACAACAUGCAAUUGUCUUAUUUUUUCACUAUAGCUACAUAUCUGGUGUUGUGUGGCGUGUCUCUUAUCUACAGCAUGUCCAGAUCCUUUCAGCAGAACUUUGUGUUUGAGUCAGGACCUGUCUCUGGGGGAGCAUGGCGUCUGCUGUGCAGCUGGGAUUUUAGUGUCAUCAAUGAGAAAGCCAUACAGAACAACAAGAACAACUUCGGCAUUCAGCUGAAGGAGUCUUUAUCAGAAAGGUUACAGAAGAACAACACAAUGUCUAUGUCUGAAAGGAUAAAGCAUCUAUCUCUCAACCUACUCUCCUGGCUCCUCUCUUUAGGACUUGCCCUAGGUUGCUGUGCAGGCAUCUACUUCUUAGGGACGAAACAGUUGACAUCCAGGUUGAAUUACGAUCCAAAUGAUUUGGUUGCUGAGGCAUCUACUUUGCUUCUGCCUGUGGUUGUGUCUCUCAUCAACCUGAUUGUGCCUCUUCUCUACUCCCUAAUUAACAAAAUGGAGCAUUACACCAACUCACGGGCAAAGAUUUACAUCAGCAUCAUAAGAAACGUUGUUUUAAAGAUGUCCAUACUUGGAAUUCUUUGCUAUUACUGGCUGCAUUUUGUGCCUACGAGAAUCUCAUGUUGGGAGUCCUUUGUGGGCCAGAGUGUGUAUCGACUCCUGAUAACAGACUUCAUAUUCUGCCUACUUGGCACUUUCUUUGGGGAAUUUCUACGCAAUGUAAUUGGAACCACGUGUGUCCAGAGUCUUGGCGUCCCAGAGUUUGACAUUGCUAGGAAUGUACUUGAUUUGAUCUAUGCCCAGACACUGUCUUGGAUUGGAAUUUACUUCUCCCCCCUCCUUCCAGUAAUUCAAGUCAUUAAACUGUUUAUAAUUUUUUACGUGAAAAAGAUUAGUCUGAGUAUAAACUGCCAGCCUCCCAAACACACUGGCAGAGCUGCUCAGAUGCAGACUGUCUUCAUCGCCUUACUGUUCUUCCCCUCAUUUGUGGGUGCGCUCUCCAUGGUGGCAUACACAGUGUGGAGUCUAAAGCCUUCAGGUCAGUGUGGGCCCUUUCAGGGGCUCGACACCCCCUUCAUGGCCAUUGUCAUUUGGACUGAUUAUAUUCGGAACGUCCCAGGAACCAAUUGGGUCUGGUGGAUUUUCGCAAAUGUGCUGAGAAAUGAGCUCUUCUACUAUUUGAUUGCCUUCAUCAUCCUAGUCAUCACUUAUUUUCUGUGGCAAGUCACUCAGGGACGGAAACAGCUAAUCAAGUCUCUGAGAGAGCAGAUUGUAAAUGAAAGAAAGGACAAAACAUUUCUCCUGAGUAAACUACAAAAUAUACAGGAGCAGAAAAGGGAAGUCACAUCAUUCAGACCUCAGGAGUUUGACCAGGCACCACAUUUCAACUCAAACUGGAUGAACACUCUCCCCUUGGAUAUGUGAUGACACGUUCUUCUCAGAUUAUUUUAUUCAGUACUGGCCUUUUUCUGUAAAUAUUGUAUAACACUGCUAUUCAGAAAGUUCUAACUGUCAUUGGAUGGAAAGUGGAAUCAUUUGGAAACAUCAACAGUGAUGGCACAACAAUGAUAUUUUGUUCAGCAGGUGACAGUAGUUUUCCUCAUGCUAUGUGGGCAAAUUACUGUAGUCGUCGUACAGUUUGUCAAUAUUUUACUUUUAAUAAAUAUCCUUAUACAUAGGUGGCACAGCAGACUGUUGUUUCUGAAAUUUAAGCGUUAUCCUUGUAAAUAUCAUCAAAUGUAUAUUUUAAUAAAUAUUUAAAUAGUGUUGUGGGGGAAGAGUAUGCUGAAUAAAAAGAACUGCAAAGCAUUGUUUUAAAGAUAACAUUAUCAAUUUUAUUGUGAAAAAGUUGUUGCUUUUCAUACACUGUACAAUCAAUAAUUUAAAAACAAAAUGUGUUCGUUGUUGCAAGAAUAAUCUGAUAUCUGAUCAUUCUUUAUGCAAGUUAUUCAGCAGCUUUUAGCUUCAACCAAAGGAAAAUAGUGUUUACAAUU